CGCGAGAUGGCAGUUAAAUUUAUGACGUUUGGCGUCGUGCUCGUCCUGCUGAUUUAUUUCUUGCCGUAUCCUUUCGAGAAUACAAACAUUUUAAAUUUGAUACAACUAUUAUCAUAAAUAAUCAUUGUCAAAAUGGCUGAAUACACGAUCAAAACCGCUGCUUUUGUAAAUCUACAAAUCUCUACAUCAAAAGACGAGAUAACAUUGAAUGAAAAACGUUAUCCAAAGGACCUAUCAAUUUCAGAGCUCAAAAAUAAGCUUGAGUUGAUCACUGGCGCAGGUUCAGAGACAAUGAAAAUUGAACUCUAUACCAAAGACAAUAAACAUGUGGGCACUUUAGACAACAAUGAAGCAAUGUUAGGUUCUUAUCCAGUGGAUGACGGCAUGCGUUUGCAUAUUGUGGACAAAUUUCUGCUCAGAAAUGAGUUGGAGAAUUUCGACAAUGUUCCAAAAUAUGAACUGUCUCUUGAUGAGUACAGCAAGAAGACAGACACUGUGAGGCAGUUUAUGAUCAAGAACAAAAUGGGGCAAUACAAUGAGGAAAACAUCAAGAAGAAAGAGUUGCAGGAGGCUAAAGAACAGGAGAUUACAGAGACAAUGGUGAUUGGCUCCAGAUGUAAAGUCACUUCAAAAAGUGCACCAACCAGGAUUGGUACUAUUAUGUGCAAGGGUGUGAUUGCUGAUUUGCCAGGUUUUUGGGUUGGAGUCAAGUUUGAUGAGCCAUUGGGGAAGAAUGAUGGAACAUGCAAAGGAAAAAGGUAUUUUGAAUGCCAGCCCAAUUAUGGCGCAUUUGUCAAGGCCGUUGAUGUCGAAAUGGGCGACUUUCCCGAAGAAGAGCUUGAUUUGGAUGAAGAAAUCUAAUCAUUUUAAGCAUAUUGACUAAUUGUGAUAACUUAUUACUCAUGUAGUGUAAGUUUUGUAUUAAUUUGUAUUCCUUGCACACUUUUUCACAUUACUCUGCUUCUCAUGAUGUAUAAAAACUAAAUUUACUUAA